AUGAAAGUGAUCAUUGUGGGGGCUGGUUUGGGAGGUCUGGCUUGUGCCAUCGCUUGUUGUCGCGAAGGAAUCGACGUGGCUGUACUCGAAAAGUCACCUGAAGUUCGCGAGGUCGGGGCGGGUAUCCAGAUCCCUCCUAAUGGCGCCCGCGUCAUGCGGGAACUGGGAGUCUUGCCCCAGCUUCUCGAAAAGGGGUCACAGGUCCAAGAGGUGGAGUUCCGCCGAUAUAACGAUGGCUAUUCGUUGCGAACUAUGCCCUUUGGUGAUGACAUCACGCGUGAAUUUGGUGUACCCUGGUUGAUCAUCCAUCGAGCUGAUUACCAUAAAGUUCUGCUUGAUGAGGCAACCCGGCUUGGCGUCAAGUUUCAGUGGGGUGCGAAUGUCGAAGAUGUCUUGACUGAUGGACCUGAGGUUAUCCUCGCUGGGGGUGAAAGAGUCUCCGGAGAUGUUGUUAUUGGAGCAGAUGGUAUCGGCUCUACUGUGAGAAAGAUUCUUCUUGGUGACAGUGUCUCCUUAAUAGAGACAGGUGACUUGGCCUACAGAGCGGUAUUCAAGCGAGAGCAGCUUAAAGCACUUGAAGAUGAUCAAGUCACAGAGCUAUGUCAGAAAAUUGGUGUGACAAGUUGGCUAGGGCCAGACAAGCACACCAUCUUCUACCCUGUUCGUGGGGGCGAAGAGUUCAACCUUGUUCUCCUUCGACCCGAUAAUUUGAGCCCGGUAUCUCAUCGAGAGACAGGUGAUAUCUAUGAAAUGCGAGAGAGCUAUGCAGACUGGGACGAGACACUCCAGAAGAUCAUAUCGUGUGUGCCAUCCGUUGAUAAGUGGAAAUUAUCAAAUCUUCCCGAGUUACCAUCAUGGACAAAGGGCGCUGUUGCUAUCUUAGGAGACGCAUGCCAUCCCACCCUACCAUACCAAGCUCAAGGAGCAGCCAUGGCCGUGGAGGAUGGUGCACUAAUUGGCAAGCUUCUUGGGCUUUUGCAAGCCCGUUAUGUCAGGGAUGAAAAUGACCCAUCGUUAUCAACAAACGAAUCCACCCAAGCGGAUCUCGCGUCUGUUCUCGAGCUGUACGAGCAAAUUCGCAAGAAGCGCACUAGCCGCAGUGUGCAGGGAGCGAUCAUGAAUCGAAAGCUCUUUCACAUGCCGGAUGGGCUUCUCAAGCGGAUACGGGAUUUUCUUUUGCGAUAUGCAGGUGUUACUCGCAAAUCUGAUUGGACUUGGUUAUCAUCAUUCCGGCAGAGGCAAACUCUCGGAUACGACGUGCUACAAGACUCUACCAAGGUGUUUGAGGCGUGGGCAGCUUCUCACUUCUCGGUGAACCGUGGAUAA